AUGGCAUCAAGUUCAAUGUCCUCUUGGACUGCCAAGCAAAACAAAGCCUUUGAGAAGGCUCUGGCUCAGUAUGACAAGGACACCGCCGACCGCUGGUACAAUGUUGCUAAGGCGGUCGGCGGCAAAACCCCGGAGGAAGUGAAGAGGCACUACGAGCGUCUUGUUGAAGAUGUCAAGCAUAUUGAGUCAGGCCAAGUGCCCUUCCCAGCCUACAGAGGAUGA